AUGUUUCAUCACGAGUACGAGAAGCGACUGUUAAAGUCGAGUAGCGAGAGCCACAUAGAUAAUCUCGCGACUCCUGCCCAUUAUACGCCUGUAUAUUUUUCACCAACAAAAAUGACAAACAAUAGUUUCGAUCGAUUUAUACCGACAAGGUCUGGUAACAACUGGCAAACAACCUUCUCAAUGAUUUCUGAAAGCGGCCGAAGUGGUCUAACGACAAAGAAGACCCGUGAAAAUGGUGAAGGCAGUCGAGACGGUAUAGCUUAUUCGUGUCUCUUGAAAAAUGAGCUUCUAGGUGCUAGUAUAGAAGACGUAAAGGGUCAGUGCGAGGAACGAAGAAUACUAUCGCCUCUUAUGUCGAAAAACUUGUUUAAAUUUACUACACCCACGAAAGAUCAUACACUCUUGGAUCAAAGUUCGCCUUACUCUCUUUCUCCUUUAAGUGCUAAAAGUCAAAAGUUAUUACGAUCUCCGAGAAAAGCAACUAGAAAAAUUUCAAGAAUACCUUUUAAAGUACUUGAUGCUCCGGAAUUGCAAGACGAUUUUUAUUUGAACUUAGUGGAUUGGUCUUCACAAAAUGUCCUUAGCGUUGGCUUAGGCAGUUGUGUGUACUUGUGGUCUGCUUGUACCAGUCAAGUAACCAGAUUAUGUGACUUAUCCAGCGAUGGAAAUAGCGUCACUUCUGUAGCCUGGAACGAAAGAGGAAAUUUAGUUGCUGUAGGAACGCAUUUAGGGUACAUUCAAGUAUGGGAUGUGGCUGUAAACAAGCAAGUAAGCAAAUUGCAUGGUCACAGUGCCAGAGUCGGUGCUUUGGCAUGGAAUGGAGAAGUUCUGUCUUCUGGUAGUAGAGACAGAUUGAUAUUACAAAGAGAUGUACGAACUCCUUGUGUCGUGAGUGAACGACGUUUGGGAGCUCACAGACAAGAAGUUUGUGGCUUAAAAUGGUCUCCAGAUAAUCAGUACUUGGCCUCCGGUGGAAAUGACAAUCGUCUUUAUGUUUGGAAUUUACAUUCCUUAUCACCAAUACAAACUUAUACAGAGCAUUUGGCUGCUGUUAAGGCGAUCGCGUGGUCUCCUCAUCAUCAUGGCUUACUGGCUUCAGGUGGUGGUACAGCAGAUAGAUGUAUCAGAUUUUGGAAUACAUUAACUGGUCAACCUAUGCAAUGUGUUGAUACUGGAUCUCAAGUUUGUAACUUAGCUUGGAGUAAACAUAGUUCAGAACUAGUCAGUACACAUGGCUAUUCCCAAAAUCAAAUAUUAGUUUGGAAAUAUCCAAGUUUAACACAAGUUGCAAAAUUAACAGGACAUUCUUAUAGAGUUUUGUAUUUAGCCAUGUCACCUGAUGGUGAAGCCAUUGUAACAGGUGCUGGAGAUGAAACUCUACGUUUUUGGAAUGUGUUCAGUAAAGCACGCAGUCAGAAAGAAAAUAAGUCUGUACUAAAUUUAUUCACAAGCAUUCGGUAAAUUUAAAUUUGGUAAAUUAUCAUAAAAAUUUAUUAUUUUAUGUAUUGUACAUACAUAUAUUGCAUAUACGAUUAUAGUAUUCUAAAAGAAUCAUGAUAUAUAAAACAUAUAUAGUCGUAGACUAUAAAUAUUUAGGUUUGUAGAUAAGACUAUUCAGCUGGUGGUUGUAGUAUAAGUUCAUAAAUGCACAGCCUGCAAUAAAAUGAGUCUUGUGUGCAAUAUGUCACUACUUUGGUAGGGACUAGGUAUACCCUUAUAAGGAAAUAUGCACGAAUUUUUUUGUCUUUUUGUUUCUCUAUUUCAUACAAAACAAUUUUUUUUAUAGAUGUGCUAUAUUCCAUCAUUGUAUCAAUGUUAAUUAUUUUUUUCUUUUUUUAUUGAACUUUUUUUUUUUGGAUAUAUAUUGUACUAAGUAUGUAAUUAUUAUUCAUUGUUUAAUAAUAUUUCGAUCCAUCAGGAUAUUUUAACAAUAUAGUAAAUAUUUUCCGAUUUUUAUUAAUCACAUAAAUAACAAUUACAAUUCUCAAGCAAUUAUAUAUUGUCCAGAAGAAUUCCUUUAAAGGGUGUAUUAAUAUUUUCAUAAUUUUUCAAGAUAUGUGCUGUGUCUGCUCAGAUAUUCGCAGGCUGAUGAUCAGACCAUUAAAGUAUAUAUAUAUUCUAAAAAAAAAAAAAAAAAAAAAAAAAAAAAAAACUUUUUCUUUAUUGUUACAAAUAUACUUUGGUUUUUCAUUGAUAAUUAAUAAAUAACUGUGUCAUAUAAAUCAGAUAUUACAUACACUUUACUUUCUUAAAUCAUUUAUAGUAACUUAUGCUUUACAAUCAGCAAGUUGUACAAAUUUGAGUGGAAAUGCGACUUAUAAAAUAAAUUACUAAUUUAUAAUAUUACAAGAAAAUAAUAUAUUGUAAUAACAUGUUUGUCUCUGCAUUCAGAGGAGAUCGAAAGUGGAAAUAUACAUAGAAACUAUAGGAAAUAUUACAA